AUGCAUGGUCAAAUGGGGCGAGAAAUGGGUAUGGGAGGGCGCAUCGGAGGGACUUUGGCACCCAUCUAUAGUGGCAGCAGCACCACUGACGAUGAUGCAGCCGCUUCAGAAAGCAUCGUUGGGGACAACUUUAUCAAUGAUAAAGUUAUUGAUAAGACUGUUGUUACCACCCCUGCUAUCGUGCCUGCAGAUGCGUCUAGUUCUGCUGCUAGUUUUGAGGCGCCUCAAACUGCGUCUAGCGUUGCUGCCAGGGAGCAUGCAAGGGCCGGCUCGGGAAACGUGGCAGGUGGUUUGGCGAGGGCAGGUUCGGGAAAUGUUGCUGGAGCCAGAGGUGCCAGCCCGAACCUACACCCGGAGCAGGAGGAUGGGGAUGAAUGGGGCGGGGCUACUGAGAAGUUUCAAAGGAUGGGGCUGGCUCGAAUGGCCAAGCCCUCGUUUAAAGGUGGGAGGCCGGGACGGAUUGAUGAGCAGAACAGUUCUUGUAACGAGGAUGCUUAUAUGGAGAGCGGCUUUGGUGGUCGACAGAGCUUCGAGUCUAGUGAAUGGGAGUGGCGUGGAGGAGGAAGAGGCGUAGGGCAGGGAGAUGGGGAGGUGGAGAGGGGUGGUUUCAGGGGUGUGGGCAGAGAGGAGGAGGAGGAGGAGGAGGAGGAGGAGGAGGAGGAGGAGGAGGAGGAGGAGGAGGAGGAGGAGGAGGAGGAGGAGGAGGAGGAGGAGGAGGAAGGUGAGGAGGGAGGAGGAGGAGGGGGGUUCACAGAAGUGUUUCAGCAGAGAAUGUUGGCUCGUAAGGUGAAACCCUCCCUUGGGGCUGGGAGGCAGCAAGGGAUUUUUGAGAGAAACAGUGCGUGUGAUGAGAGUGCUUAUAACGAGAGUUAUCACAACAUGAGUGACGGGGAUGCUGACCAGGAGAGUGUUUAUAAUGGGAGUGCUUAUAAUGAGGGCGCUUAUAACGUCGCUGGUAGUGAGCUGGAGGAACGAGGGAUGGGCUUACCGUCAGGGUCUGGGGCUCGUAACGGAUUGCCUUUUGCUGAUAAUCGGUUCUGUGAGGUUUCAAGCGGUUUGGGCGGUUCUGGUGCGAUAUCAAGUGGUGCAGAGGAUUCCGGUCGUGCUUUGGGGGGUGCUGCUCCUCCCCCUGCUUCUGCCUUCGGCCCUCCUCAACUUGCCAUCGACCCUUCAAUUCCUGUUGCCGGCUUUCCCGGUGCUCCUGGGUUGGGGGGAGCGCCUGGGUUGGGGGGAGCGCCUGGGUUGGGAGGCGCUUCUCUGUUGGGGGGAGCCCCUCUUUUAGGGGGAGCUCCUUCCUUUCCAGCAUUCGGUCCUGGGAAUGGUUUCGCAGCAAGAGCAGGAGGGGCAGGAGCAGGAGGACCAGCAGGCGGGGCAGCAGUGCCUGCAGCAGGGCAUGGUCAAGAAAAAAAGGUAAGGCAUGAUGCUAGAUAA